AUGGGAAACUUAACAGUAAAUACAGCCCACGUUAAACAGCCGCAAAGUGAGAAAAUUUUAAAGACAAACACAACUGAGUGGGAGAAAAAGAGGAAAAUGCUUUUACCACCAAAUGAGGAAUGCACGGAUGUUGGACCAAUUUAUAAUGGCAUCCACGAUUAUUGGUUACGUAUCUUCGAAGCUUCAGACCAUCUCCUCCUUGUCACUCUCCGCUUAAACUCCAUUCCCAAAGCCCUCGAUUUUAUCAAUUACCUCAGAAGCAGAACAGAGCACCACCAAGCCCUCUCUUGUGUGUUCGAAGGCGCUCUUGAACUCGCUACGCAGCACCCUAAUUCGCAGAAAGAGCUUCUCAUGCUUCAUAGUUACCGAAAAUCCAAUGGUGAUAACAUUGCUCUCACUUCCAGAUCUGCUUUCCUCCUUUUGAAGUGCCUAGGGGAGGCCCAAAUGGUGGACGAUUCGCUUCUUCUAUUCAAGGAGCUCGACCCCUGUUCCAAAAGUUCCGGAAUUUGCAACGAAUUGCUUAAGGGGUUGUUUAAAUCGGGUUGCAUUGAUGAUGCCCUCCAGGUGAUUGACGAAAUGCUUGAACGGGAUUCUGAUUUUCCUCCCGAAGAUUUCACGAGGGAAGUUGUUUUUAGGGUGUUGGGGAAGCAGGAGCGCCAUGGAAGAAGCUUUGCUGAUAAUGAAAUUGUGGGGUUGGUUACCAAGCUGUGUGAGCAUGGAGUUUUCCCUGAUGCGUUUAAGCUUACCCAAAUAAUAACGAAGAUGUGCCGGCACCGGAAGAAUGGUGUGGCGUGGGAUCUUUUGCAUGUUGUGAUGAGAUUGGGUGGUGCAGUUGCGGUUAAAGCUGCGUCUUGCAAUGCUCUGUUAACUGGGUUGGGAAGGGAGAGGGACAUUCAGCAGAUGAAUAAACUGAUGGCAGAAAUGGAAGAGAUGGGGAUAAAGCCCAGUGUUGUGACCUUUGGGAUUCUUGUUAAUCAUUUGUGCAAAGCUAGGAGGAUUGAUGAGGCACUGGAGGUAUUUGAUAAGUUGAGCGGCAAAGGAGAAGGUAAUGAUAGGUUUGAUGUUGAGCCUGAUGUAACGGCGGUUUGUCCAAUUUAA